UCACUUGCACAUGCGACAGCGACAAGCGACAAAAUAUGUGCAGCGCGCAGCAAAUGAAACCAGUAUAGCGAAGCGUUGCUUAGCCGGUCUUCCGGCUCGUUGUUGGCUAACUAACUGGCUUUCGGACUGACAGGCGUCGUUGCCGUUGUCGUCGUCGUCGUCAUCGUCAUCGCCUUCGCAUCGGGUUGGAGCGAGCAAAAGUAGCAAUAGCAGCAGCAACACAGCGGCAAGAGUAGUAGUUUGUGUUCGCGAGCAUAUUUGCAGCGCAGCAAAUGAUCACAUAAUCAACUCGUACCUAGUCGUUCACGCACUUUGUUUGUGGUUGGUCGCGCGUACAAAUCGUUCGCAGUGUUUCGAAUCGACGGGUGAAUUUACUGUGUGUGCUUUGGUUUGGUGUUUAACUCGCAAAAAUUCAACGUGUGUAAACACCGUCGUCUUAACGUUGCCAAUACGCGCGAUUCUCGUCGGUGGUGCAAAUUAAUAAAGUUUACUGUUUUGGAUAUGAAUAAUAUAUAUACAAAAUAAACGAUAUGAAAUUGUGCACAAUUGGAAAUUAAAAAAAUAAACGAUUUUUCGAAAUAACAAAAAAACUAACGGUUGCGCGCGAAAUUCGCUCGUUUGCUUGAAAAAUCUCUAAUCUCUAAUUUGCGUGAUUCAGUUGACUAAAGUGCUUUUCGAAGGACGGAUAAAAGCAAACCGAUUUGAGUUUUACUUAUAUGAUGAGUUUUUUUUAAUAAAAAAUAAUAAUGAUGAUGAGUUUUUUAAAUAAAAAAUAACAAAUAUCAGCACUAAAAUUUAAUAAAAAAAUAUAUAAACAAGAAAGUGUUGCAAAAUAAAAUUGAAUGAAAACAGAAAUUUACUAAAACUUACACUAAAAUAUUAAAUACAAAAGCAAAUCAGUGUUAAAAAAUUAAUUUUCUCGAAACAAGAAACUAAUAAGUACCAUAAAAAACAAAAUAUUUCAAAAAAGUAUUCAAAUACUGCAAAUAAUUAAGUCACUUUAAGUGAUAUGUGUGCAAAGACGUGGACUAAAAUAACAAAUAUUGUCAAGAUUAUACGCUAAACUGUAGCUAAAUCUAAAUCAGUGCUAAUCGCUUUCUGAAACAAACCUUAAAACAGCUGCUGUAAUAUUUCUAUAUUAAUAUAUAGAUUGUAAUUGUACCAGCUUUCCUCUAAAACUCCAAAACCCUGUGUUGUCUUCAGUUCAUUCACCAAGUGCUUAGCUCAACUUGAGUUCGAAAAUAACAAUUUUCGUUACCAAUUAAAAAAAAAACUUGCAAUUCAAAAAAAUUUAAAAUUUGCAAACAGCAACAAUUAAAACUCGGCUCACGUGUGCGGCCGAAAUUAAGCAUCGCCGCUUUUCCACCCGCCCAAGGCAGGCAACACCCACGCCAACAAUUAGCAAAACCAAAAACAAAGCACGCACACUUCCAUAACACAUACAUAUAUACAAAUAUAGAUAUAUGUUAUAUAUAUAUUUAUUUCUAUAAACAUAUAUAUAAACGGCAAGAAACUUUCGUUGCGGAGCCUCCAAUGAUCGCCGUCGCGUAGAAAAUCGCUAAUUGCAGUGCGAAAAGAAAAAUGACACAAAUUAUACGCUAAUUAAAAGUGCAGUCUAUUAUACCAGAGAGCAGCAGCAGCAGUUAGUGUGUGUAGUGGCAUUGUUGUUGCAAUUAAAAAUUCGUUGUUGAAAGUAUCUAUUACUGCAUUUAAGUUGACAAGUGCGUGCUUUGGCUUGCUAUAAGAAAAGGUUUUCAGCAGACAAAAUACAAUAACAAUAAGAAAAGUAACUUAAAAAACAACAAAAAUCUACACAAAUUGCUGCGAAGCAUUCUCAAAAGUGGUUUUUCAAAAAAAAAUUUUUUUUUUUAAUUUUAUUAAAUUUAAAAAAAAAAUAAUUUAAUUUAAAAAAAUUAAUAAAAAAAAUUUGUAAAAUUUUAAAAUUUGAAAAAACAUCCAAUUCAUAUUACUCAACAACUAGUGUGUGUGUGUAUUUUCACUUUGUGCACGCGUCCACUAAAAAGCCGUCAAAAUUCUUGAUAAAGUGGCCUCGAUAGGCGCCAACACGCUUAACUUCACCGAUUUAGGGAGCCCCUAUGAGGGGCCUCCCAGCACACCACAAUCCGGCAUGGAUGCACCCGAUGCACCGCACACACCCAAAUAUAUGGAUGGCGGUACAACAACAACGGGCACACCAGGCGCACAAAUACCGGGCAAAUCGGCAUUUGUGGAGCUGCAACAGCAUGCCGCCGCCGGUUACGGCGGCAUACGCGGUGGUUAUCAACAUUUCGGACCACAAGGUGGACAAGAUUCUGGAUUUCCAAGUCCACGCAGCGCCUUAGGUUACCCAUUCCCGCCUAUGCAUCAAAACUCAUAUUCCGGCUAUCAUCUAGGCAGCUAUGCGCCGCCCUGUUCGAGUCCACCAAAGGAUGAUUUUUCCAUAUCCGAUAAAUGCGAAGAUUCGGGUUUACGCGUCAAUGGCAAAGGCAAGAAAAUGCGCAAACCGCGCACAAUAUACAGUUCAUUGCAGUUACAACAAUUAAAUCGACGAUUCCAGCGUACACAGUAUUUAGCGCUGCCAGAGCGAGCCGAAUUAGCGGCGAGUCUGGGCCUCACGCAAACACAGGUGAAAAUCUGGUUCCAGAAUCGACGCUCGAAGUACAAAAAAAUGAUGAAAGCUGCACAAGCGCCUGGUACCGGCGGCAUGCCAUUGGGUGGCGGUGGUCCAAAUCCUGGUCAACAUAGUCCAAAUCAAAAUAUGCACAGUGUUUAUCUCAAAAUCAUUGCAGGCGGUAAUAACGGCGGUGGCUCCAAUAGCGGCUCACCAUCACAUUAUCUACCUCCCGGACAUAGUCCGACGCCAUCAAGUACGCCUGUGUCCGAGUUAUCACCUGAAUUCCCUCCAACGGGUCUUAGUCCGCCUACGCAAGCGCCAUGGGAUCAGAAGCCACAUUGGAUCGAUCACAAACCACCGCAAAUGACGCCGCAACCACCUCAUCCAGCGCCACCACAUCCGCAAUCGCAUCACCACAAUCCGCCACCGCAAAUGAGCGGCUAUGUACCGCCACAAUACUGGUACCAGCCAGAAACGAAUCCUUCGUUACUAACUGUUCCCUCUCAUACCAAUUACAGGGUCUGGCCAGCGGUUUAACACCACCACCAACAACAACAACAACAAUACAUACACCAAACCGAUCCUAUUUUCAUAGAUAAUUCCAAUGCGUAUAUUUAAUGAAAAAUAAAAACAAUAAACAAAAAUGUUGUACACAAAGAAGGUAAUUUAAAAUUUAUCUAAUUAAAAAUAAAAAUUAUUUUAAAAUAAAGUGUAAAAUAUUUACAACAACAAAAAUGCUGUAAUUAAAUUUUUAAAUUAAUAAUUUCAAUACAUAAUUAUAUAUAUAUAAAUAUUUGCGUGUAAGUAAUUAAAGUAAAAUGCUAAGAUGAAUUUAAUUACAAUUACUUAUAAUUAUUAUAAAUAAAUUUUAAUUAUGAAUAAAAAUUAAAAUAAUAUAAAAAAUAGUUGAAACUUUAACAGUUUAAAAAUGUAGUAAACUCGAAUUAAGUGCUGAAAAUGUUGAUAAUAAUUAAUUAAUAAAUAAAUUUAAAAAAAAAUUAAUUAAUUAAUUAAAAAAGAUUAAUAAAAAUUAAUAAAAAAAAUAAUUCGUUUUGUUGUCUGUGUUUUAUGUAGAUUAUUUUUUUUAGUUUACUGUUAAUUUUUUUAUGCUGUUAAUUAAAAAACAAUAAAAAGUUUGCAGCUUUUGCCGCCUAAAUCUACAUAUGCGACCGUAUAUAUAAUAUAGCACAAUAAAAAUCAGUUAAAAUCAGAUCUCAAUAAUUUUAUUAUUUCUCUUCAGACGCCAUUCAAAUCAUCAUCAUUAAAAUCAGGAAAAAUAUUAUGAAAAUUUAAAAUUAAAAAUUAAUUAAAUUCGUAGUAAAAUUGUGUUAAAUAAAAAAUUGUUUUUAUGUGCAAUAUUAUUUUUAAAGUAGCACAUAAAAAAAAUUAAAAUAAAAUUGAAAAAAAAUCAACAAAAAAAAAUUAUUAAAUCGACAUUUUAUAAUUACCGUUGUUUUAGUAGACGAAUAUAAAACUUGUGUAUAAAAACGUAAGUAAAAGCAAGCACGAAAAUUUUGAAUCCUAUUUUUUUUAAUUGAAACUAAAAUUUCAGCGGAAAUAUUAUGUGUAAAAAAAUAAACGUAAAUAUAGAAACUGUAAAUUUUUGUAAAAAGCUAUUUUCUAGCAUUUAAAUAAUUCUAAUUAAAUAAUUUUGUGUUAAAUGUAAAAGCCUUUAGUUAACAAGAAGAAAGCUGUAAAUAUAAUUAAUAGUGACAUCACUUACAUAAAGUAGCUUAAGCUAAUUUAAAGUGUAAGUAAAGUGCGUUAAAUUAUUAUUAAAUAGUUACGUAACAUUUGUCCCACUUUCCUGUAGUCCGUAGCAUUAUUACACAAAGCAGAAGAAAGGACAAAAAAAAAUAAAUAAAAAUAGAAACGGAAACAGAAACAGAAA